AUGCUGCCACCUUUGAGCGUUUCAGAUGUGAAGACGCUUGUGAAAAAACUUCGCCAAGACUAUGCGGGUGAGCUGCUGUGUUUAGAGCGCGUGACGUUGCUAUCAGGUUAUACAGGCACUGCCCAAGGUGAGUGCCCUGAGGUUGCUAGAACCUCUUGGCUUUGUCUUCGCCGCAAACACACUUGUGGCUGGGUUUGCAGCAGUUCGAAAGCUGGCCGUGUAGCGUGUGCAAGUUCUUGCUUUUGCUGCGUGAAAGCUUCGAAGCUUUUGAAAAUUUCACGCUCGAAGCAUGCUUUGACCAAAGCAGGCCUGAAGCCUGCAGUCUUGUCUCUUUCUUGCAAGAUACAGGAGGCAUCCAAAGAGGAUACUUGCAGUUGCUUCCAGUGCCAGAAAGGCCAUUAG